UCAAUCCAUUGAAUCAGUUGUUGUAUUGUGUGUAGUAUUGUUGAAUUGCGGAUAAUUUUGUAUCGGUAAUUUUUCUGUGAUUUAUUAUGGGACACGAACAAUAAAAAGUAAUUUUUACACAGGAUCGGCUCCUGUAUUAUCUUAAGAACUGGUCAGACAUCAACCAUGGCAGAGGCUCCGGAAUCUUCCACAGUGUUCGUGGACGUGGCCUCUGAGGCGAUGUACCCCAUAGCGCCGGAGGUGGUUGAGGAGCCUAAAGCAGAACCUGAUAUGAGUGAAAUCGGACCGCUGCUAGUAGAAAAAAACGCCACAAACACAGCUCGUCUCCGCUGCCCAGACUGCAAGCGGUACACGGCGACCACAGAAGAGAAGAUGCUAAGACAUAUCCGUAAGACGCACCGAGGAGAGAACCCGUUCCAAUGUUAUAUGUGUGAUUACUCCACGUAUAAUAAGGUUUUAUUCGAAGAGCACGUGCGGAUACAUCAAGGCAUAAAACCUUACAAAUGUUCGUACUGCCCCUACCGCAGUGUUUCAAAGAAGAAUACCAAGAAACAUGAAUUAGUUCACCGGCCCGACAACCCUAGGAAGUGUGACCAAUGUGGCUUCAUAGCCAGGCAUGAGAAAGGGCUCAAACACCAUCUGCGUAUCCAUGGUGACAAUGAAGACCUAGAAUGUUCGCUAUGUAAACAAAGUUUCAGUGAUGUGGCGGGCUUCAAUAGUCAUAGGAAGUCGAAGAAAAGAUGCCCGGAAUGUAAAUCGAUGUUUUGCAAAUCGAUAAUAGCGAAGCAUAGACAAGAAGCGCACGGCGUGGUCGGAGAGAAGAAAACAAGCAAAAAGUCUUUAACCAAAAAGAAUUUGUUCACUUGCGCUAUAUGCCAGUGGGAAGGGAAUACUAAGCCCAGGAUAUUACUGCAUUUGAUACACCAUCCUGAUCAAGAAGUUAGUGAAAAAGUUGUCGAUACAUUGAUUUUGAAACAGUUGGGUAUUAUGAAGAUGUGAUUUUGAGUUAGAGAAACUGCUAAUUAAGGGUGCAUCUACAUAGUGCAUGUAGCUGGAGCAAGUUAACACGCGCAAGUGACAAGAGCACGCGGGUGGGUAUUUUGCUUUGGUACACGCGCGAGUCGCUGGACCCGCACGUUUUUAAAAUGCAUGUACAUGCCUCAACAUCCGCGAGCUACUUGCACCGUGUAUAUGCACACUAUGGUUAAGCAGGUCCAAAGGCACGUUAAAUUGGUGGGUCCUGUCAUUUGAACAUCUUUGGCCGACGUUACGGGUAGUCGGAAGCCAGAAAGUCUGAACCUUGCCGAGUCUUACCAAGGUAUAUAGAGUUGCCCGGGUAUAGUUAUGGGCACGGAUAAUGAGCUCUCGGUGGAAGAGUGGGGAUCGCGUUGCGCACUGUACACUUAAGGGAAUAAACCAAUAGAUCACUUCUGCGCAGGUGAAGGUCAGGGCUCCCUGCCGAAGAUUAUAACUGGUUUAAGGAGCUCAGAUCGAGGAGUUUCGGGGGUUUGAGGAGGUCACUUCGAGGAUCGGAGGUUAUCGAGGAAAACGGCAAAAAAACAAAUUCGGUCUAUUAUAUCGUUUCUUGCAAUCGGUAAAAGAUUUAUAGCGGAAGUGGCUGAGGUUUUUAAAUGCCUUAAUUCUUGACGAUUUUAUGUAAUUUGUAAAUAGGUAUAAUUUAUUAUGCUACGUUUUUGAUAAGACUGUAAACAAAAAUAAGUUUAAUUGAGGUUUAAAAUAAACGAACUUUGAGUAUCA